AUGGCGGACAAUCGAAAGAACAAUACUCCUGAUGGAGACCAGUAUACUUCAGAAGAUCAAAGCUAUCAGAAUCAUGGCGAUGACCAAAUACAAGAAGAUGACAACCAGAAUCUGGAGCUUGACAUGGCGCAUACUUUAAUCAGUCCAUCACCCGCUUCUCCAUUUCGAAUAUCGCCCGCUGUGGUAUCAUGGACACAGCAGAUACGACAAAUGCAACAGAUAACACAAACACAGAUGCAAGGUGGAAUACAGAUAAGAAUGUUGGAGGAUCAUAUACAACAGAUGCGUACUCAAAUGCAGACGCAACAGCAAGAUAUUGAACAAAUUCAGCAGGCGCUCAAUUUGAGAAACCAUCAUCAAAUGCGAGAUCGAGCAAGCACAAGUAUUCAACACCCUUCCGAUUUACCUGAAAACUCACCAGAUUCGCGCCCCUCUCGGAUUACCAACACCGAAGAUAUUACUGCAGGCGGCAGAACUGAAACAGAAAAAGGAAUCGAUACUCUCGAAUCUGAAAAUCCUCCUCCCCUUCCACUGUCGAGCUUCCUAUUGUUGAAUGGUGCGCCCCACGCAGCAGAUGGUACCCGUUACACCGCAGAGCAUAUAAUGGAGGGACCCUCAUCCAUUGUGGAACAGAAGCGUGCAGGAGAGGAAGGAUUUGGAUCCCGUACUGCCAAGAGACUUCGCCAUACCCAAGCACCAGAAGACAUUGAUACUGCAGAGGCUCAGAAGGAAGAAGAUACUCAAACUGAAAAUCAAGCCUCAUUGGAACGCACACACCGACGACAGGAAUUGACUCUGCCGCAACCUCUGAAUGCAGAUACUGAAGAACAGCAAACUCAGCAAGUAAUCUCGGGAAAUCACCAUCUAGAUCAAGUGGUAAGACAAGGUGCACUAGUUAUCAGCGAGGGUUUUAGAGACCAUCAACCAGUCAUACCAAAUGAUCCGCCACUCAUUGGAUACCUUUCUCGAUAUCGAGAACAAGAGAGACGAGGCCCAUCAGUCUCACAUCCAUCAAAUUCAGAUGGGAAAAGCCCACAGUGUGCAGGCCUCAACAACCAUCUUGCUGGUACGACGGGCACACAUGGCCUACAUAAGGUGUGCCUCCGAUGUGGUGCACCAGAUCAUCUAAGUUUCCAGAAGAUUUGUCCACAGCAUCCUAGGAACAAAAAAUAG